AUGGUUUCUGAUGUUUUAUUAUCCACAGUAACCAGCCUGACUAAGCGCACAGCAGUGCGCUGCUUCGCCUCCCUGCCUCCAGUACACAAUCUUCCGCCGCCGCCGCCCAGGGAGUACAACGAAGACGGGACGCCGAAGAGGUACCGCAACGUCAGGAAGGUCUACGGUCACAAGUACAACUGGGAGCACUGGACGCUGAGGCCUGCCGGAGUGUUCCACACAGUGCUCGUCGGGGAGUUCGGAAGACAGCUGAACCCGUUUCUGGCCUGGUGCGGGCAGUUCCCGCCGAUGGUAAUAGGAGUUCCGGCAGCACUCCUCGUGUUCGUGCUGGCGUUCCUGCUGCAAAACUCCUUCCUCAUAGGAAUAAAGCCGAAGCGCUACACAGUGGAGUGGGUGAACGCGUCGAAGGAGCGCGCGUUGGCGGAGAACACGAACCCGGUGACGAGGUACCUGGACCGACGCAGAAGAGAGCGCGGCAUGAACUGGAUUCUGCAGAACUACCUCCCCAGCCACCCGUACUUUGCGCUUUUGGGCGAGUACUACCACGACCCGGACUACGUGAACACCGAAGAGUCGGGAGAGGAAGCGGUAGCAGAAACAUAA